GGCGGAUAUUCCCUCCCCCUCUCCUCCUCCUCCUCCUCCUCCUCCCCCCCUUCCACCCUCCUGAGGCGGGCCUCCGGCUCCUUCCCGCGGCGGCCGGGGUCGCGCACGUCUGAAAUAGCUAUCUCAGGUAACUGGAGUUGACUCUAAAUGUGAUUCCUGUGGGUUGACUGCCGUAAGCCUUAUUCACGCAAGUAAGAGCUAUAUGCAUGAAGCUGCCUUUUUUGCAAGGGGCUGACUUUUUUCCAACCAAAUCGUAUCGCCUGUCAAGAAUUUUCAUGUGACUCCUGGAAACCUGCUGCAGUCUUCCCUAUUUGCUAUUCACUCCUGUUUUCUUCUCCUUUGAGCAGUUUCUUUUUUGAACAGCAAACGGAGGGAACUGCUCGCAUUGCUGCUGCUGCUGCUGCCGCUGCUGCUGCUCCAGCUGCGUGUGUGUGUGUGUAAACAGGAUGGUGUAUCUGUAGCUGCCACGCGCAAACACACAUUUGACCAUGAGGACUCUUCGCAGGUUGAAGUUCAUGAGUUCGCCCAGCCUCAGUGAUCUGGGCAAGAGAGAGCAGGCAGCCUUGGAUGAGCGGGGGACCCAGCAGCGACGGGCCUGCUCCAACGCUACCUGGAACAGUAUCCACAAUGGAGUAAUAGCAGUGUUCCAGCGUAAGGGUCUCCCGGACCAUGAACUUUACAACCUCAAUGAAGGAGUCAGGCAAUUGUUGAAAACAGAACUGGGAUCCUUUUUCACUGAAUAUCUACAGAAUCAGCUGCUCACAAAAGGCAUGGUGAUCCUAAGGGACAAGAUCCGGUUUUAUGAAGGGCAGAAACUACUGGAUACCUUAGCUGAAACUUGGGAUUUUUUCUUCAGCGAUGUCCUGCCCAUGCUUCAGGCUAUUUUCUAUCCUGUGCAGGGGAAGGAGCCCUCGGUUCGGCAGCUGGCUCUUCUGCACUUUAGGAAUAUAAUUACCCUCAACAUUAAAUUGGAAGAUGCAUUAUCACGUUCCAGAGCCAGAGUUCCACCUUCUAUUAUUCAGAUGCUGUUAAUACUCCAGGGGGUUCACGAGUCGAAAGGUGUGACUGAAGAUUAUUUGAAACUGGAAUCCCUGAUCCAGAAAGUCGUUUCUCCUUACUUGGGCACAUACGGUCUGUAUUCCAGUGACGGACCCUUCACGCACUCUUCCUGUAUCUUGGAGAAGCGGUUCUUCAGGCGUUCAAAAUCGGGUGACAUCCUUGCCAAGAACCCCGUGGUGCGAUCAAAAAGCUACAACAACCCACUGCUGACACCAGUGGCCGAGUACGAAACCGAGGGCAUGGCUGCCAAUGGAACGGGCAUCCGAAGGCACUCUGUUUCGGAAAUGACCUCCUGCCUGGAGCUACAGGGGUACUCCAACCUCACCACCAUCAUGGACAAUGGUUCCAAGAGCUCCAUGACGGCCACGAAAAGCUCGCUGUCAGGAGACCAGGAGAGGCCCAGCACUGGGUCGGUGCAGUGCUCUAGCAAACUCAGCACAGUUGAGCAACAGAAAGGACUCUUCCACUCGAUGGAUGACCCACAUAGGUCUUUUGAGCUGGACAGGGACCCUUCCUUGAUUCCAGUUCCCUCUUCCAGUCCUGAGAACAUAGUGGAUCAAAUUUUGGAGUCAAUUGACUCUGAUUCUGAAGGCAUUUUUAUUGAUUUUGGCCGAGGCUGUUCCAAUUCAUCAGCAUACAACGUGGACGUGAACAGACAGAGCAUCAUGUGAAGGACAUUGGAGACAAACCUUGGAUUUUAAUAUUAUAUAUGAGAGUUACUAACGCAUUGAGUCAGACUACGGGCAAACUGUAUAUGUCUAGGGAAGAACCUCUGUUGUAGGUCGUCACAGAGGUACUGAAGUACACAAACACAAGUUUACAGCAGGCGGAAAUCUGCUGUGAGGGGGGAAGAAAAAUCCAACCCCUUCUCCCUGUCCCCAUCACUCUGGAGUCGGAUUUCCUAUUGUCUUUAUAAACAUGGAGGUUCACAAGCUGACAAGUGUCUGGUAAAAUGCUAUUAGUGCAGCUGGCAGUGUUCAUUCAGUAAAACAGCCUAGCAAAUACCUGUGUUCACUUUUAAUUUUCUCAAGAGAUUUCCUGUAGACGGCAGGUUGUUCUCUGAACUGUAACACCUCAGCCAGAGUAAAUACAUGUCCUUUUAAAAAAAAAAACAAACAAAAAAGCCAGAGGCUGUGUGCCUUCAUGCCACAGAACACAGUGAUAAGGAAGUCUCUUUUAGUCUUUUUCUUGUACAUCUUGUAUGUCCUCCUUUGCCUAAUGGUGAGGUAGAAUUCUUGAAGAAAGGCAAAUAAACAGAAAUGUGCUACCUGAUGUCAUGCGAUGCCUCAUGUCUGAUGUUCUGUUUCACAGCCAAUACCUUGUGUCUGUGAGAGAGUUGUCUUGGAAAUGGCUUUUAAGGCCGUGUUAAUUUGCUCUGAAUGUGGCACUUCCAAGAAAUCUGUGCAUUGUCAACUCCUGGAGCAUCCAUUGUAUGGAGAGAUUCCAGCAGAAUUCAACUUACUUGUUUCCUAAAUAAAUAAAAAUGUGGCCUC